AUGAAGCAUCUCCAUCCUGUAGGCCUGCUUCUCUCUUGCUCUUGUUUCCUACUAUGUGUCAUCACGCCGGUGGUAGCCCACAUCCGACAUCAAGCUGAAGCACUUGUGAAUUGGAAGGCUAGCUUGGAUGAUGCCGAUGAGUCCCUCGGGCCAUGGUCGUUGGCCAACUCCACCAUCCUUUGCAAUUGGACGCACAUCACUUGCGACUCGGCCGGGCACAUCAGAGAGCUCGACCUUUCCGGUGUAAGCUUGAGUGGCACACUUGACAAAUUGGACUUCUCGGCCUUUCCCCACCUGAAGAAACUCAUCUUGUCUAGGAAUGGUCUGUACGGUUCAAUUCCAGAAGGGAUUGGCAAUCUAACAAGCUUGGUCGAGUUGCGGAUCCUCUACAACCAUUUUUCGACGGGUGCCAUUCCACGCAGCAUUGGCCAACUGAAGCACCUUGUUGUACUGCAACUGACAUAUUUGGGGCUUGAUGGCACACUACCUGAAGAGAUUGGUAACUUGACGAGCUUGGAAGAGCUCUUUCUUGACUUUGUAUCUUUGACUGGAUCAAUCCCACGGACAAUUGGGAUGCUCAUGAAGCUCCGAAUGCUUAGCCUGACGAGGAACAAUCUGACAGGGAGCAUCCCGUUGGAGAUUGGAAACAUGACAGAACUGCAGUCCAUGGGAUCUGAGGGUAACUAUUUGGAUGGGCAGCUACCAGGCACCAUCUCUCAUUUGAGGAAACUCAAGGAGUUGUUUCUGUUUGGAAAUCUGCUCAGCGGCCACAUCGUCCCCGGACUUGGGAAUAGCAGCCUUCUGCAUAGGGUCGACAUUUCAGAUAACAACUUUUCUGGGCUGUUCCCGGCGUCCAUUUGCGCAAGAGGAGCGCUGCGUACUCUCAGUGCUAGGUACAACGGAUUUUCUGGCAUCCACCACCAAGCCUUCCAAAACAGCACAACCCUGCGGUUUAUUGAUUUCACGGCAAACAACAUUGUUGCAGACCUAAGGGGUUGCAUGGGCGAGCAUCUAGGACAGCUUCACUAUAUGGCUUUCAGUCAAAACCAGUUGUAUGGCACCCUUCUGACAGACCGGGGCGAGGUAUUCUUCUGUAACUAUACUAAUUUCAGAAUCGUAGACCUAUCAGACAAUGCCUUGCAUGGAGGUCUCUCCAAGUGUUUUUGGGGCAUGCCAAGUUUGACAUUCAUAGAUCUGAGCAGCAACUCUUUGAGUGGUGUAGUUCCGUCAUCAGGGACAUGUGGAGAUAAUCUUCGCUAUCUACACCUAGCCAAUAACCAUUUCAUAGGAACCUUUCCUUUGGAUCUUGAGAAAUGUAAAAACCUGAUCACUCUAGACCUUGGAGGCAAUAAUUUCUCAGGCAUGGCCGGUAUCGACUUAUCUGGAAACUCUCUAUCACAGGAGAUCCCAAAUGGGCUCACAACCCUUGUUGGACUCAGGUACCUGAACUUAUCAGGAAAUCAUCUGUCAGGUUGUAUUCCGGAAGACAUUGGCGAUAUGGUACUGCUAGAAGCCUUGGACCUUUCUCGGAACCAACUCUCGGGGAAAAUUCCUCAAAGCCUGGCAACUUUAAAGAGCAUCAGCGUGCUGAACUUGUCGAGCAAUAGUUUGUCAGGGAGGAUACCUACAGGCGAUCAGCUACGGACACUCACAAAUCGGUCCAUAUACAGUAAUAAUCCUGGGCUAUGCGGAUUUCCGUUGGAAGACUGCAUAAACUCCUCAACACCGGCGCAAACUGAAAAAAGCCUGGAUGAAGAUAGAGAGGCAUUGUGGUUGUAUUGCUUCGUGGCUGCUGGGUUCAUCUUCGGGUUCUGGCUCUACUGGGGCAUCUUCAUGUUUCGCAGCGAGACCUGGAGGUGUGCAUUUUACCAGUAUGUGGACAACAUGCAAGCCAAGGUGACCAAGAAAGUAUACAGCUGCAUCUCCCGCUUCCGGGCCGCUGGCUCUGAAUGA